CCGAGAUUUUUUUCACCCGAUCGGAAUGUGGCGAUGGGCGAAGCAGUGGUGCUUUGGCAAAACGCCUUGUGCAGAUUGAAUGAGGCCCGAUGCGAGGCGCAGGUCAAAUCCCACGGCGCCUGCAUCGCCGCCUGCGGCGCCGCAGCCUGGCGCUGCGCUGCCGCGGUCUUCGCGGCGCUGCCGAAGCGAAGUCUGCGGCAGAACGUGGUGACCUACAACUCCACGGCCGCAGCCUGCGAAAAGGCCUGGCGACGAUCCGCAGAGGUCUUGGCGGCGCUGCGGCGUGCCGCGCUGCAGCAGACGGAGAUCUCCCAAACCGCGGCCGUCCGCGCCUGCGAGAAGGGCACACAGUGGAGAAGGGCCGUGGGGGUUUUACAAGGAAACUGCGGCCUGCGUGGCAACGUGAUCACCUACAGCGCCGGCAUCAGCGCCUGCGAAAAGUCGGGGUGCUGGAGCUGUGCGAUGGAACUGCUCACCCAACUGCGGCGCAAGGAGAUCGAGCUGCAUGGUAUUACCUUGAACUCGGCGCUUAGUGCUUGUGGUGGGGCGGCCGCCUGGCGCAGCGGUCUGGGGCUGUACUCAGACGACGACCUGGACGUCGACGUGGUGCGCUGCAACGCGGCCUGCAGCGCCUGCGGCAACGCGAGGCGCUGGCGUCAGGCUCUGCAGCUGCUCCUGCUCUGCACCUCGGGGCGGUGGAGCCCCACGGUGGUGACCUGCAACUCGGCCAUCAGCUCCUGUGAGAAGGUCGGGCGCUGGCGAGAGGCGCUGGCGAUCUUCGAGACCAUGCACCCAGAGGCGAGCCGGGUGACCUGUAACUCUCUCAUCAGCGCUUGCGCUUCAGCGGGGCGCUGGCAGAGUGCGUUGGCGCUCCUUGUCCUCACUGCCCGCCGUUUUCGCGCUGAUUCGGUGGGCUUCAACGCGUUGGCGCGGGCCUGCGAGCGCGGGGGCGUGUGGCAGGUGGCGCUGGCGGUGCUGGAGGCGGCGAAGGAGAGACGUAUGGAGGACGUGAUCACCUACAACAGUUCCAUCAGCGCCUGUGUCAGCGCGGCCCAGUGGCAGCACGCGCUGGGCCUCCUCCAAGAGGCAAAGACCUGCCGACUGGCGGACGUCAUCACGUAUGGUGCGCCCAUGCCGGUAGUGCCUUGGCCUUCCGCGCUGUGGCUGCUGGAGGAGAUCUACUUUCAGCUGCUGGAAGUGGACGCCGUGGCGCAGCUGGGCGCGGUGGCCGCGGCAAGUUCGUGGCCCCGCGCGCUAUGCCUGGGGCUGGGGCUGAGGCGGCCGCAAGAGCCCAGCGUGGCGACCUGGAACUCCCUGCUGGCGAGUCCCUGGCGCAGCGCCUGCGCCCUGCUGGGCGCCAUGGCGCGGAGCUUUCUGCGGCGCAGCGGGGUGACCCGCAGCGCCGCGCUGGCGGCGCUGGCGGCGGAAGCACCGUGGCGCCAGGCCCUCCGCCUCGGGGCCGGCGAGGGCGACGUGCUGACGGCGGGGUUUCUGCUCACCGCCCUGGAGCGGGGCGGAAGCGCGGCGGCGGCACCGCGGCUCCUGGGGCAAAUGGAGCGGCGGAAGGUGCGGGAGCUG